ACCAUGGAUGUCGCGGGAAGACUUGUGGACUGGGAUGUUUCGUCUCCUUUUUCGCCCUUGUCACACAGUGUCCGCGUUCUGGAAACCAUGAACAAACACAGGAAAGAUUGCCUUAAGCUGUGUGAUGUCGUUCUUAAAAUUGGAGACGAACAUAUUCCAACUCACAGGGCGGUAUUGGCAGCCUGCAGUUCGUACUUCUACGCCAUGUUUACGAGCGAUCUGGUCGAGAGCCGACAAAAAGUUAUUACCAUGAAAGAUAUAGACGCCUCUGUGAUCCAAAUGUUAGUGGAUUUUGCUUACACGGGAAAGCUUGAUGUCAAUGUUGAAAAUGUACAAACCAUAUUGUCAACGGCAUCGUUGGUGCAAUUUCACGAAGUGCGAGAUUUAUGCUGUCAAUUUUUGGAAACACAGUUGGAUCCUUCGAACUGCUUGGGAAUCAGGAAAUUUACGGAAACUCAUGGCUGUACUAAUUUCCUAGAAGUUGUGGACAAUUUUGUGUUGGAAAACUUUCGGGAUGUUAUGAAAUCAGAGGAAUAUGCUUUGCUACCGAGUGAGUUACUGGUGAAAGUGGUCUCAAGCGAUGACUUGAACAUAAUUGCUGAAGAGGAAGUGUAUGAAGCUGUUAUGUCUUGGGUAAAGCAUGACCUAAACAAUCGCGUGAAACAACUCCCUCAUUUGAUAGAGUUCGUUCGAAUGCCUUUGAUUUCAAAACAUUACCUCCUGGACCGAAUUGAUGCAGACAACUUGAUACGCUCCAAUUUGAAAUGUAGAGAUUUAUUGGAUGAAGCGAAGAAGUAUCAUCUGAUACCUGAGCAGCGAGGACUGUUUCGCACAGAUCGUAUGAAACCCAGAAAAUCUAUGAUGGGAACAUUAUAUGCGGUUGGAGGAAAAGAAGCCGGGGAAACUAUUUCAAAUACAGUGGAGUGCUACAGUUUACAAACAAACAUUUGGCAGCAAGCCCCACCACUUAAUGUCCCAAGGCAACAACUUGGUACUGGAAGUUUAGGAGGCUUCCUGUAUGCUGUUGGUGGUUCAGAUGGGUAUUCGCGUUUGAGCACAGUGGAACGCUUUUCAUUAGAGACAAACCAGUGGAUGUAUGUCAAGGCACUUAAUACUAGUCGCUCUGGUGUUGGAGUUGGUGUUCUUGGUGAAGCAAUGUAUGCAAUGGGUGGUUAUGAUGGGCGAUCAUGUUUAAAAACAGUUGAAAGAUAUGACCCACUGGUUGAUAUCUGGAGUUUUGUUGCACCUACAAAUAUUACCCGCAGCUUCCCUGGAGUGGCACAGCUUGGAGACCUCAUCUUUGUGAUUGGUGGUAACGAUGGAGUCUCAUUCCUCAACUCAAUUGAAUGCUAUGAUCCUCAUACAAACAGAUGGACUCUUCUACCCCCCAUGAGUCGGCCCAGGGCUGGGAUUGGAGCUGCAGCUUUAGAUGGUUACAUCUAUGCUAUUGGUGGUUUUGAUGGUGCAUCAAGGCUUGAUAUAGUUGAGAUGUUUGAACCCCGUAAGAAUGCAUGGAUAGAAGUUGCUCCUCUCAAUUCAUGUCGUGAUGGUGUUUGUGUAAUGACCUAUGGUUGCUGGGUUUAUGCCGUUGGAGGUAUUGAUGGUCCAUCAUAUCUUAACACAGUGGAGGCCUAUGAUCCAAGAAAUGACCAAUGGGAAGAUGUAGUUCCUAUGACAAGAUGUCGGGCUGCAGCAGGGGUUGCAGUUUUACACAGCCCUGUUUAAUAUAUAAGUGAUGGAAUAUAAUCUUUGUGGAAUGGUUUGGGUUUAGGGGAAUUUUAGGUAGUUAUGUCGAAUGUUGACACACAGAAGAAUUCUUUCAACCUCAAGUGUUUGGAUGAGACCAUUAAAACACAGGAAAAGUCCCCUGUUGCUUUUAGAAAAUAUUUCUCAGAAUGAAGUCAAAACUAAAACUUCACAAACAUGCUUAUCGACUUAUAUCUGAACACAUCAAUUAACAAAAAGAGAAAAUAAGGUAUCUGUCAUUUUGUAAAAUUUCAUCUUCAUUAAAUAUGAACCCUUAGUAAAAGCUAUUUGCUUUAAUAAUAUAUUAAAUAGGAAAAUUCUUUCAUCACGUAUGUCUAUUUGUAAAAGUUUAAUAUGUUGUUUCUUUCUUUUGGUAGUCAGUUAAAUUGUAUUUUUUGAGCAAAAUCCAAGCUUAAUCCUUUUUAAUGUGGUGUCAUUACUUAGUUGUAGACAUAAGCUUUUCCUGCCAAGACACGCUCAGUUGUUGCACCACCAUGUUGCAUCUUUUUUAUAACCAAUGUCACCUAACUAACAGAAGCAAAUAGCGCUGCCUUUCAUUUUUAAGUUUGCAUUGCAACAAAAUUUGUCUGCAGAUUCAUAUUCUGUAUAAAAUAUGAUUGUAGUUGGUUGUUUUUGCUAGUAAGAAUUCAAGGGUUGGGUUCAUCAUCCCUGUUUAUUGCAGUUCCUUGAAAUACUCGAGUCUGAUUGUCACAAAAAUUUUAAUCAUUUUUAUGUUUGGUACAUUUUUGCAGAUCAAUUCCAAUCUGGCAUACAAUGCAGUAUGUUUGUAUUUGCACUUAAUGAAAUUUUUCUGACCCUAAUUCCAGUUUGGACACCAGUGUCCACCUUUUAAAAAUUGUUUAUCUAGAACCUGUAAUAAUAAUAAUAAUAAUAAUAACAACAACAACAAAACAAUCAGCUUUAUCCACUGCCUACAAUUUAAUUGCUGUAUGACAUUGUGGACCUUUAAGCAACUACAGCCCAAGUUUGAGUAAUUCUCAUCACUCUCAUCUCAUGUUUCUCUUUUUGUGUCUAAAGGUCUCUAAAUUGAUGUUGUUUUAUUCUUUAUUUUCUAAGAAGACUUACAUUAAUUUUCUUUUUUUCCCCGAUGCAUUGUUCAAUUUAUUAGAACCACUCCAUGGAUUGAUUACUAGUCAAAAAUUGCACAGUUUAGUCUAAGUUACUAUUAUUCUAUUUUAAUAUUCUUUCAUUGAGAGUACUGUGUCCAUACAUAUUGCAAAGUAAAGACUUCACAAGAGAUUAUUAGGUGUUUAAUGUAUUAGAAUUAGCAUCAUGCAAUGAAGCAUUCCCCUUAAGUUAGUGCCUCUCACUUCUUGCAAAAAUGUUAGAGACAUAGUUGAAUUUGCUCAUUACUAAUUGGGAAGUCUUGUACUAGUAGUUAAGGUGUACUAAGUCUCUAGAUUAUUAUGAUGAAAGUUAUAUUUUACAUUAAUGUUAAAAUUUGUUGAAGAUAGUUAGAAUAAUAUUAUUGAGAUCUGAUUAAUGACCUCAGUUACAAAGAUUCUAAUUUUGGAAAUAAUUUACAUUAGAGACAUAUUUACUUAAUGCAAAUGUAAGAUGGCUGUACACUAAAGUUAUUCUGUGUUACUGUCAGAGAAAUGUUUAAUAUGUGCUCUAUUGGAGUACUUUUUGUGUUAGGAUUAAAAUAGAAGCUGCUUUGAACUAAAUUCUAGUAAAUUUGGGAAUCAAAUUGAAUAAAAUU